UGCGGCGUCCUCUGGAAAUCACAACCCAGGAUUGUUCCCCAAACUGCUCCUUUACACGCUUUUAGGAUGGGCAGUGUUUUGGCUGCCAGCUCCCCCAGUUCGCCACCUGCCACUGGCGGUGUUGCUGGCCCAGGAAUGACAGUUCCACCAGGCUUUGGCAUGCCCCCAGUGUCACCCAUCAUACCCUCCACUGGGGCAGACUCAGGCCAGCAAGGGGAGGGAGAAAAUCCCUUGCCCAACCCAGGUGCAUUUGAAGAAUGCCACCGCAAGUGCAAAGAGGUGUUCCCUAUGCAGAUGGAGGGUGUCAGAGUAAUGAUCAAUAAGGGCCUUAGUAAUCACUUCCAGGUGAACCAUAUGGUGAUGCUGAGCACUACGGGGGAUUCCACCUACAGGUUUGGUGCAACCUAUGUUGGAUCAAAACAGACAGGUCCAGCAGAGUCUUUUCCAGUUAUGGUGGGGGACAUGGACAACAGUGGCAGCCUUAAUGCCCAGGUCAUCCACCAGGUCACAGACAGAAUACGUUCCAAAUUGGCCUUCCAGACGCAACAGCAGAAGUUUGUGAACUGGCAAGGUGAUGCCGAGUUAAGGGGAGAGGAUUUCACUGCAGCUAUUACACUUGGCAACCCAGAUGUCCUUGUAGGAUCUGGAAUUGUUGUAGCACACUACCUCCAGUCUGUAACCCCAUCCCUGGCACUGGGAGGGGAGCUAGUUUACCACCGCAGGCCAGGAGAGGAGGGCACAGUCAUGUCUUUGGCUGGCAGAUAUACAGGAAGCAACUAUAUUGCUACGUUGACAGUAGGGGGAGCAGGGGCUCAUGCUUCAUACUACCACAAAGCCAAUGACCAGCUGCAAGUUGGUGUGGAGUUUGAGGCUAGCACCCGUAUGCAGGACACAAGUGUAUCGUUUGGCUACCAGCUAGAUGUGCCUAAAGCUAAUUUACUAUUUAAAGGUUCAUUAGAUAGUAACUGGGUGGUUGGCGCCACGUUAGAAAAGAAGUUGCUUCCAUUACCUCUUUCCCUGGCCCUCUGCUCCUUCCUCAACCACCGCAAGAACAAGUUCCAGUGUGGAUUUGGUGUUACCAUUGGGUAGACUAACUGGAACAAAUGGGAAAAGCCCCCAAGGCAGACUUUCACAGAGGGCACAGAAGAUUGACAACCCGACUAUGCUAUGUAUGCCACUCAGUGUUGCAUCACCUCCAUUUUGUCUCCCAUCUCCUAGCAGGUAGAGUUACUGGUCUUCCCAGAUGUUGUUGUCAUGUUACAUAAUUUGUAUGUAAAUCACUGGAAGAUAAUUAUAUAAAUAAAAAUGCAUUCGGUAGUAUGAAAUUAAUCCAAAUUGUAACAAGGAUUGUUGUUUGUCUGAGAGUUGGGGGGAAAAUUUGGUAAUGGGAUGUGAUGGUGGACAUGGCAGAAAAUCUGACCAAUUGGCAUCAGAAAGGCAACACAUAACUCAUCUGAUGUCAGGAGAGUUAACAGUUACAGUGCUCUUUGUUUUUAACACUCAGUUCAGUGCCUGUCGUGUUUUUGUUUUGUUUUUUUCUUUUUGCCCUUUUCGAUUUUUGUACUGUAAAAUCAAGUCUUGAUAUGAAGUGAAUGUUCUCAUUUGUUUGUGGGUGGUGGUGGUGGGGUUUCUCGGGUUAGGGACAUGGUUAUUGAAGCAGUGAAUAUCACAGUUCACGGCCUGUCAUUUCUCACCAUUUCUUUAUGGUACAUAUGGAAAAGUAUAUAUUACCUGUAUAUAUCUAUUAGGAAAUGAUAAAUGACAUUUCUUACAAAAAAAAGGAAGUC